CACCGCCGGCCACGCCACCGUUCUUCUCCAUUUCCUUUUAUACAUUUUCAUCUCUUUCCUUUCACUCCCCUCCAUCACUUUCCGGCUGAUAAAAAACAAAAAAACUUUCCACCGCUGCUCCUCCAUGUCCUAUAUAGUCACCGCCCUCCUCCUCUACUGGUAAAUCUACAGUCAGUCACUUUUGGCAGUUCUUCCUUUAAUUAUUAGGAAAGUAAUUUACUUAGUCGCGCCCCAUUGCCGAGAUCGCCGUGACUGGUGGUUCUGUUUGUAACUUUUAAGUUUGAAGUCUCUCUCUUGCUCUGGUUCAGUGGUUCUCCAUAAAUCGGAAGCUCAAAGUGAGAUAGUUGCCAGAGCAAUCAGAAGAAUGAACCGGGUGGUGUCUAGAAAACUUGCUGGAAAUGUUCAUGGAUUGAGGAUUUUGUGGAGGAAUUUCUGCAAUGAUGCAGCUGCUAAAGCAUCUAGCUCGAAUUGAGGCACUCUUUCCGCCGAGACUAACGGUCAGCAAUAUGACAUUGCAAUCAUUGGAGGAGGCAUGGUUGGCAUGGCCCUUGCUUGUUCCUUGGGGCAUGCUGGUUGAUGGGAUCAACUUUUACUAUGUCUUGGCAGCAAACACACCAUUGACCAAACGUUUGAAUGUUGCCAUCAUUGAUAACAAUCCUGCUUUGGGAAGAAGGCCCUGCAUUAAGAAAGAAGACAUCCCUGAUCCCAGGGUCAGUACAGUCACUUCUGCAAGCAUAUCUUUCUUCAAAGGAUACAGAUUCACCAAAGAAAAUUUACGCUUCAAGAUUAGCCUCAAUGACCAUUUUGCCAAAUUUUUCAUCCGUGGGAACAGAUAGCAUAUCAUCACCAUCGGCAUUGUUGAGUCAAGGGCGUUUAGCAAAGCUGGAACUGAGUGAGGGAAAUAGCCUGUAUGCAAAGUUGGUGGUCGGAGCUGAUGGAGGCAAGUCAUGAGUCAGGGAGUUGGGAGGGUUUAGAACAACUGGGUGGAACCAUUCACAGAAUGCUGUAAUCUGUACUGUAGAGCAUGAUGUGGAAAACAAGUGUGCAUGGCAGAGGUUUUUACCUGCUGGUCCGUUUGCACUUUUGCCAAUAGGUGAUAAGUUUAGCAAUAUUGUUUGGACUAUGAAUCCAAAAGAGUCAUCAGAAUUCAUAUCUAUGAGUGAGGAUGACUUUCUGAAAGCUGUAAAUCAUGCUCUGGAUUAUGGAUAUGGUCCCCAUCCUACGUCAAGUUUGUUGGGUAAUACUGAUGUUUUGAAGUUCCACCAAAAGCAGUCAAGUUGGUUUCUGAAAGAAUGGUUUUUCCAUUGUCUUUAAUGCAUGCUGAUGACUAUGCAGCAAGGCGUGUUGUUCUAAUUGGUGAUGCAGCACAUAUUGUUCAUCCUUUCGCUGGUCAAGGAGUUAAUAUGGGUUUUGGAGAUGCAUCAGCUCUUUCAAGAAUCAUUGCAGAGGGUGUUGCAGUAGGCACGGGCAUUGGGGAGGUAUGAAUGUUGAAGAAAUAUGAAGCAGAGAGAAAAGCGGCAAAUAUUACAAUGAUAGCAGUCCUGGAUGGUUUUCAGAAGGCAUACUCUCUUGAUUUUGGUCCUCAAUAUUUUACGAGCUGCUGCUUUUCAUUGCGCUCAUUGUAUUUCACCACUGAAGAAGAGUAUCAUUUCGUUUGCCUCAGGGGAGCAAAGAUUGCCAUUAUUUUCUUAAGGACCUGCUUAAUUUUAAAAAUGAGUUCGAGUGACCACACAGCCAUAGAUUACUAACACAAUAAAUUGAGGUUAUACUC